AUGUAUCUCGCCAGAGCACAAGCCUCGAAGCGGGUUUUGACGGGUGCCGCCGCAGGUUGCCCCGCGGCGUCACGAAACGCCUCAAAACUGCCCGCUCUUGGGACAGAGCGCCUAUCGUCCUCUUCAGCAGCAGUAGCUCGUCACACCGGGCCUGUGUUAACAACACACGCACGGGUAGCGGGGGGGUUGCUUCCGACAGCGGCGCGAUGGUCGGCGAAGAGCGUGGCCGAGGCUCGAAGCGCCAGGCUGCUGGUGAGAGACCAGCAGACGAGGAGCUUGGGGUUGUUUUCGGGGGGAGGAGGGAUCUCGCACCAGAGGCUGAAGGAGCUCGAGAAGAUGGCGGCGCAGUCACCUUCCGAUGCGAACGCAGAGGCGAACUUCUUGGCCCCGCUUGCGGAGAAAUACCCGGAGCAGGCCAUGAGCCGCUUCGAAUCGGGGCAAUUCCCCAUCAACUCGGCGUCAAAGAUGGCCUACGUUAAGGCCGCCUCGGCGCUGGGACGGAUGGACCAGGUUGACAUACAGGCUUUGAUGGCGAUGCCAGAGGCUGGAGGAGUCAACCAGAUGGCCGGCGCUCAGGGUUUUGGAGGGGCAGGGGCCGGCAGGUUUGCUGGUGCUGGUGGCAUGAUGGGAGCGGGCGGGGGGGGGCAGGGCGAACCUCUCCGUGUCACUAUCGCCAACCCCAACGCGAUGAAGCAAAAUUUGUUUGGGCUGGUGCAGUUCACGGUGAAGUGGUUCUUCAUCGCGGUGAUCGUGUACAGCCUGUUCGACCUCGCGGCCAACUCCAAGCUCGUGGCCGCCCCCAGCGUGCACAUGGCCGAGACGAGCGACAAGACGUUUGACGACGUCGUUGGCGUCGAUGAGGCCAAGUCGGAGCUGGAGGAGAUCGUGAUGUACCUGAAGAACCCCCAGAUGUUCACGAGGCUGGGAGGGAAGCUGCCGCGGGGGCUGAUGUUGACGGGACCACCGGGAACAGGGAAAACGUUGCUGGCGAGGGCUAUCGCCGGAGAGGCGGGCGUGCCGUUCUACUACUCGUCGGGAUCGGAGUUCGAGGAGAUGUUCGUUGGGGUCGGCGCCAAGAGAGUGCGAGAGUUGUUCGCCGCCGCGAAAAAGACGGCGCCGUGCAUCAUCUUCAUCGACGAGAUCGACGCCAUCGGCUCCUCUCGACAGCUCCGGGACAGCUCUGCCUUGAAGAUGACCCUCAACCAGCUGCUGGUGGAGAUGGACGGAUUCGACCAGAACAGCAACAUCAUCGUCAUCGCCGCGACCAACUUCCCCCAGACCCUGGACCACGCCCUCACACGCCCCGGCCGCUUCGACAAGCACGUGGCGGUGCCGCUGCCCGACGUCCGCGGCCGCGAGCAGAUCCUGGGCCUGUACACGUCGCGCACCAUUUUGGACUCGGCCGCUAACCUUAAGGCGCUGGCGCAGGGCACCCCCGGGUUCUCCGGCGCUGACCUGUCCAACCUCGUGAACCAGGCGGCCGUGAAAGCAAGCUUGGACGGGGCGAAGGCCAUCACGACGGAAGCCUUGGAGUGGGCCAAGGACAAGAUUCUCAUGGGGGCGGAGCGGCGGUCGGCGGUCAUCAGCGAGGAGACCGCCAAGUGCACGGCGUUCCACGAGGGGGGACAUGCCAUCGUGGCGUUGAAGACGGUCGGGGCGCACCCGGUCCACAAGGCGACCAUCAUGCCGCGCGGGAACGCUCUGGGCAUGGUGAUGCAGCUGCCGGAGGGGGACCAGACCAGCAUGUCGAGGAAGCAGAUGUUGGCAAAGAUGGAUGUUUGCAUGGGGGGAAGGGUGGCGGAGGAGAUGAUCUUCGGCCCGGAGAACGUGACCUCGGGAGCCACCUCGGACUUGGAGCAGGCGACGAAGAUCGCGCUGGCGAUGGUGACGCAGUACGGCAUGUCGGACAAGGUCGGCAAGGUGUACAUGCCUGACCACCAAAAAGAGGGGCCGGAGAUGCGGGCAAAGGUUGACAGUGAGGUGCGAGAUCUCCUGGACAAGUCGUACCAGAGAGCGUGGGCGUGCCUGCAGACGCACCGGCGAGACCUCGACCUUCUCGCGAACGCCCUCAUCAAGCACGAGACCCUCACGGGGGCCGAGAUCAAGGACCUGCUCCUGGGCAAGCCUAUCAAGAUGGCCCCGGUGGACGUUAAGACGCGCUCGUCGUCAAAGAGGGCUCCGAGUUCGUCGAGCUCGUCGCCUACUAACCUGCCCGUGGCGAAGAGGCCGGUAGCGACGCAGGACUAAGAUACGUAGUUAACGGUGAGAGAGAGAGAGAGAGAGACAGCAGGGCAGUGACGACUCUCUGUUUUUUUUUUUUUGAGGCGAUUGAUUGGUUUUUGAGGUUGCGCUGUCGGUCGGUUGGGAGUCUAUUGACGGGCGGAGAAUUUUUCGUUUGGGUUGUUUGGGUUUGUUUUGGGAUGAAAGUGGCGGCCAGGCGCGCGCGGGGCGGGGGCGGGGGCGGGGGGGUCCCCCGCUACUGGCAGGGUGUUGAUCGGGGGGCGAGGAAAGCCCUACUGCUUUCGAGACGUGCGUGAUUAGGGGGUUGGUUGAAUAAUGCGAGAUUGUCUUUUUUUUUUGUGUGUGUGUUCGGCCUUUGUUUGUGAUCUUCUUUUGUGUGUCGCUCUUGUUGUUGAAUGAAAAACCUUCUUUUUUUAAUGAGCUUUGGUGUGACAGGUCAGUUGGGAGAAGCAACCGCUCUGCUCCAUAGCAAAUAGAUGGGGCUGAAUAACGCACGGUCAUCACCGUGUGCAUGGCAGGCGCGCGUGCAUGUAUCCUAGACACAGUGUUCUUGUAGAAAUGAGGUGCAUGUAUCUGUCGACGCUUUCUUCUGCAACCCAAACAUCCAAACCUUGCAUGUAGAAGCCGGCUUCCAUCUGUUAGAUAUGUUUUUUUUGUUUCCGUUCGUUCUAUUUUUGAGCAAUAACUUGUGGUGAUGGUUGAUAGAGACCUUCCGCCUCAUCGCGGUAGUUAUUCUGUAGGGCGAGGACGGAUCCACGUGCGUAUGGCGGCGGCAUUGUGAAAGGAGGAGACACUAAUUAAUGCUGUACUUUUUUCGUCUCUGGUGUUACAAGUUUUUGGCAGUUGAGGGACAGAAUGGGCGUGCCAGAUGGUGUUGUUGUGCUAAUAAUAAUCGUUUUUCAAGA